GAAUUCUCCCACCCUCCAAGAUGCAAAACGACGCUGGCCAAAACAUCGACAUCUACAUCCCCCGCAAGUGCUCGUGGACCAACCGCAUCCUCUCGGCCAAGGACCACGCUUCCGUGCAAAUUGCCGUCGCCAAGGUGGAUGCGAACGGUGUCUACACCGGCCAAAACGACGUGUACGCGUUGUCUGGGUACAUCCGCGCCAAGGGUGAAGGCGACCAUGCGUUGACCGACUUGGUCCGCAAGGCUGAAGAAAAGAACUAAGUUAUCGACAUACACGAGUGUACUCUAGUGACUCUUUGCCGUUGACGGUAUGGCUUCGCGCCGUUCUUGGCGGCUGCGAACACUGCGUCAGUAGCUGGGUUCAAUAACAGGUUCAAUUGUAUCCUUGGGAUUUGGGGAUAGACACUGCGGUUGUGGAUCUUGUUCAGUUGCUCUCUCUUUUCAACCCUCUGUGUUCUCGAAGCCCUGCA